AUGAUUCCGAAUAGUUCUCAAGGGAUGAUGUUGUCACCAUCCUCAUCGUCGUCGUCCUCUACUUCUUCUUUGAGCCUUUCACGUCAUGACUCAGUAACGCACUCCUCACAAGGCUCGUCUUCCUCUUUCCAACAACAACAACAACCAUCAUCAUCACUCUCCUCAACACCAACACCACUCCUACCAUCAUCAUCAUUGAAAAAAGAUCGGUUUGAAUUUAAACUUGUCGGACACUUUCCCUCUCGUUUUGAAAACAUUACAUCCCAAUGUUAUCAUUCCUCACAACAACUUUUAGUAUUGGGAAGUGAGUUCGGAGAGGUAACAUUUGUUGGAGGAGAUGUUCAUCAUUCCAUUCAUAUUUCAACGGAAUACAGAAUUGAGAGUAUUCAAUACGAUGAUGACUAUCCAAAAACAAAUUUCUAUAUUUUAUGUAAUCAUCGAGAGAGUUCAACAUUGAAUUCCUCUAUUUUGAUUUGCUAUGAUUUUGUGAAAAAACAAAUCACUCAACAAAUUACUUUUCAACCCACUCAAUACGUACAGGCUAUGAAAUUUUACAAAUCUUAUUUAUUACUCACGAUAUUAGAUUUCACCAACCCUAAUCGGAUAAUUCCAUAUGUCAAGUACAUGUCAACCUCAAAUUUUAAAUUUAUUUCAACUCUUACACUUCUUCAUCCAAUGCUUGCUCAACAACAAACACCCAUUCAACAACAACAACAACCAUUCAUCAUCUCUGAUUUAAAAAUAACAUUUGUUGAACCUCAUCCUCAAUAUGAUCAUGUCAUUGCAGUUGGAUAUUCAAAUGGGGACACAAUUAUUUAUUAUAUUUAUCAUGUUCAAAAUACAAGUAAUAAUUUGGUAUCUACCAAUUUGAAUUGUAUUUCCAUCCCAGCGAAUGUGAUGGUGACUUGUCUAAAUUGGCAUACUCCAACCAUUCUAAUUACAGGAUAUGGAAAUGGAACAUUUACGUUGUAUGAAAUUAAUCAUCCAACAUUCCAAUAUUCAAAAUAUUAUGAAAUGAAUAUUCUCAAAGGAUCCACCUCCUUUUUAACCUCUCUCAAUCAAUAUAUUAUUUUUGGAUUGAAAUCAGAUCAAGUGGAUGCUGGUAUUUAUUAUUUAAAAAUGAAUUACGAAAUUAAAUCGAUCGAAUUUAUUAGAAAUAUUUGGUGUGAAGGAAAUGAUGUUCACAAUAUCAUACCUAUGAGAUCAGUAUUUGAUCAUUCAUCCACACUCUCACUCUUUGCAAGUGUCAUCUAUGGGCCAAAUAGAAAUGUUCUCGUUUUAGAUUUGUUGGAACGAAUGGUCUAUCAACAAAAGGAAUUACAACUUUUUAACGUUGAGAAAUAUUCAGUUCUCACUCCAUUCUAUUCCAUUAGAGAUUUACAGUCUAAGAAUGAUCAAUUUGUCAUGUUGAAGGCCUCUAACAUUGAAUUAUCUAAUUUAAUUUAUAACACAUGUCUCAAUAAUUAUAACAAUGAAACCUAUCGAAAGAAUAUUCUUGAAUAUUACAUGAGACCAGCCACUCGAUGGAAUAUUUUAGGAAUGAAACCUUCCCAAUACAGAGUUGAUGUGAACAUUGACGAUGAUAAUUACAUCUUGGCUAAAUUAUCAGAUACCGAAUUAGGAAGUGCCAUUGAAUUAUACCUAUGUAAAACAUACUUUAAUGAUGUGAGAUAUAUUUACACUAUUGGAAAUCAAUCCAAUUACAAACUAUUAUGCAAAUGGAAUGAUCGUGUGAUUGCACUAUACACUUGUGAUGGUCAUUUAGAUUUUCUGCAUGUACCUUCAGCUACAAUUUUCAGUCACAACAUUGCCAAUGGUCCAACAAACACACCUCCAAGAGCGACUAAUUCCUCUCUCACUCGAUCAUCUUCAGAGUUUGGUCCAAAUACUUUUCAGGGUAUCAUUUCACAAAUAGCUCGUCAUAACUUUAAAAGUCUCAAUUGUUCUGGAAAUGUUGUGAAAAUGUAUCCCAUUCAAAUUAUUAAUCAAUUAUUACUCGUCUAUGACAAUGGAAAUAUUAAGAUAGUUUCUAUUCAUGAUAGUGAUCGAUCAGAUUCUGAUAUUAUUGAACAUGGAAAUGAUCAUCAUUUUGGAAGUGUUAUUUUUGAACUCACUCCAAGUGAUCUCAAACCCUCUUCUCAUGAUUCACCAUUUAUUCGAAAUAUUUUACCCAAAAUGUCUUCUUCGAGUAGUAGUAGUAGUAGUAAUCAGUCAAAAGAUGAAUGGACUAUUACUUCUUUGGAAUGUUCUUUCUAUCAUAACUGUAUUUAUGCUCUGAUUGGUUAUGCAUCAGGAAGACUCUGUUUAAUUCAUUUAUAUGAUUUAGAUUACAUCACCAAACAUUUUGCAAAAUGUAACAAAUACAUUCUCUCUCAGAGAUGGAAAGAUCUUGCCGAUAUGCUCUCUCCAAUGUGUCUUUACGAUCAUCAUUCGAGUCCUGCAAUGGGAAGAAUUAUGGAUAUUUAUACAGUGAAUGAUAUUUACAAUGAAUAUUCGAUGAAUUGUAUGAUUGAUGGAAGAUUUCUACCACCUCGUCUCCGUAAUGAAUAUGCAGCAAAUUGUCUAUUGAAUUCCUCAUCCAACACGAGUCCUCUCUGUUAUACCAUUUAUAGUAAUUCUCUAACGAAUGUGUUCGGAACAGCCAAAAAUAAUUACAUUACAUUUCCUAUUGAUUCUAAUUAUCCAUUGGUGGUUCUAUUUCAAACAAAGAAAGCAAUGGCACUCUCUUUUCAAUUUACUUUGGAUAUUCUAGAUAUCAAAUUUUAUACCAUUUCAAAGAUUGAUCAAAUUGCAAGUUAUGCAUUUUCUGUGAAUGGUGUCUCUUUUGAAUUUGAUAUUGAUAACAAUUACAAGAUUGUACAAAGUGAUCAAAUUGCAAUUGCUGCUUCUGGUAGUGAAUAUAGAAUUUAUGUGAGAAAUACAGCAAGUGGUGAAUGUAUUGGUGGUGGUGGUGAAUCUGUGAAAUUUGAGUGUAUUGGAUCAAGUGCAGCACCUGUGGAUUCUCUUCUCAAUCAAUACAUUACAAAUAUGAACAUGAAAUUACUUUCUCACAAUAUUCAUGAUAAGGAAAUGGAAACAGAACUUCAAAGGUCUAUGAACAUGUGUGAUAUGGAUUACUUGUGUCAAUACAUUGAUCAUAUUGAAAUAUUUAACAACAUGUCCUUUACAGAAAUGCAAACACCAGGAAAGAAAUCAACCAUUCAACCAGAAAUUGUUGGAUUUUUAUCACAAUCUGGAAUUCCUCCACUUGGACAACCUCAUGUAUUAUCUCGAUCCAAAUACAUUAUUGUAGUUCGACAGAAAGGUAUUGAAGAAUAUAUUUUAGAGGCACCAAUGAUCCGAUUGAAAAAGUUUUCACUCAAAGAAGGUCGAAAAUAUACUCAUUCCAACAUGAUUCAAUCAAGUGCCAUUGAAUUUGUUGGAAAUUUGGAAAAUCAAUCACUCAUCAUUGUGGAUCAACAAUUUAAUUGGAUGAUAUUUACAUUGAGACCAUCUCUUUCACACAAGUCAUUUGAAUGUGUCUAUUCACAUCGAAUUCAACACUUGUAUGAAACAAUCAACAAGUCAUUCAUUUCUCAUGAAAUGCAUUCCAUUUAA